AUGUGCCCCAUUUCAAAAACAACGCUUCUGAGAAAACCUCCUUUCCACACAGGUCUCUCCGGCAGUUCUUUCGUCAUUGGAUUCCUGGAAAUGAAUCUCAGCGGAUGUGUCCUCUAUGCUGAGCUGAAGUCGGUCGACAAAUUUCCGUCACAGCCCUUGACUCUCAAGUACUCGUAUGCCCAGCCAACCUGUCACGAGCGCGUGACUUCUUACACGAAUGGCCAGUUUGAGAUGCCCCCAUCUCAUUGCAUCGCUUGCCCUCAGUGCCCGGAUAAUUUCGGAAUGGACGAGCUCUGCUGUUACAUGAAUGAUGAGAAAUUCGGAAGGCAAGCCAAUGCUCUCAACGACGCUUCAUACAUUGGAACUGGUUUCAAAAGAUGA